GCUCCGACGGAACGCGAAAGCGGUAACGUCUUCUUAAGGCAGCUGCAUGUAUGUUUAGCGUUGUCCUCUUGUCCGGCUUCGCGCCGAAUUCCAUCUCUCCGCGAGCUCGCGCUCGCUCUCUGGAACGAGCGAACAAGCCAGCGAGUGCGCGCGCGCGGGGGUGUCCGUCCUCCGCAGUUUGGAGUUUGUGAUGUGUCUCAGACUCCGCGAGCGCCACGCGAGAGCGAGACCUGCGGAGCGAACGCGCCGGAUCCUGAAGCGACCGUUACCCUCCAACAGGCGACCUGUCUUUCUCCUUCCUGAUUUCACCAGUUUUCCCUCACAGUGUUCCUCACACCAGCGCUUUCUUUAACGCCGCCACACUUUUUGGUUUAUCACAGGUGUAUUUGCGAUCCUUUGACGUACUUUUCUCACUCAUUUGGAAAUUUAACGAACAUCUGAGGAUCGUGUGGAUGCGCGGCUUUGGAGAGAAGCGGAAAUGGAAUUGCUGAUAAUAUGCCUUUCUUUUUGGAUAUUGCAAUGCAGUUCGGUGGGAGCCGACUCCAUCAUUCACAUCGGUGCCAUUUUUGAGGAGAACGCAGCACGGGAUGAUGAGGUGUUUCAGUUGGCGAUCUCUGACCUCAGCCUCAACGAUGACAUUUUGCAGAGCGAGAAAAUCACCCACUCUAUAAAAUAUAUUGAACCCAACAACCCCUUUCAGGCAGUCCAGGAAGCAUGUGAACUGAUGACACAGGGGAUCCUGGCCUUGGUCACAUCUACAGGCUGCGCCUCGGCCAGUGCUCUGCAGUCCCUGACAGAUGCCAUGCACAUACCACACCUUUACAUCCAGCGUAACGCUGAAGGAUCACCUCGCACCGCAUGCCAACUCAAUCCAAGCCCCGAUGGAGAGCGGUACACCCUUGCAGCACGGCCUCCUGUCCGUCUAAGUGAUGUCAUGUUGACAUUAGUUGGUGAACUGCACUGGCAGAAGUUCAUCAUCUUCUAUGACAGUGACUAUGACAUCCGUGGACUGCAAGUCUUUCUGGACCAGACAUCAAGACAGGGUUUGGAUGUGUCUCUGCAACGAGUGGAUAGGAACAUCAGUGGCGUGUUUUCCAGUUUGUUCACCUCCAUGCGCACAGAGGAGCUCAACCACUACAGGGACACUCUGAGAAGAGCUAUCCUGCUCCUGAGCCCACGUGGAGCACAGGUCUUCAUCCAUCAGGCUGUGGAGACUAACCUGGCCUCUAAAGACAGUCACUGGGUGUUUGUGAAUGAGGAGAUCAGUGACACUGAGAUUAUGGAGCUGGCCCACAGUUCCUUGGGAAGGAUGACCGUUGUCAGGCAGAUUUUCCCUCUGUGGAAAGACAGCAGCGUGAGCUGUAUGAGAAACAACCACCGCAUCUCCUCACUGCUCUGCAACCCUCAGGAGGGCUACCUGCAUUCACUGGAGGUGUCCAAUUUGUACCUUUAUGAUAGUGUGUUGAUGCUGGCAAAUGCAUUCUACCGGAAAUUAGAGGACCGAAAGUGGCACAGUAUGGCCAGCCUCAACUGCAUCAGGAAGUCAACCAAGCCCUGGAAUGGAGGCUGGUCCAUGCUGGAGACAAUCCAAAAGGGCCAUAUAACUGGUCUCACCGGAAUUAUGGACUUCAUGGACAAUGGAUCAAAUUCCCAUGUUCAGUUUGAGAUUUUGGGAACCAGCUUCAGUGAAACGUUUGGAAAAGACAUAAAACGAUUGGCUACAUGGGAUUCUGUCCAUGGCCUGAAUGGAAGUCUAAAGGAGAGCCGUAUCGAGAAUGGCAUGCAGGGCAUUACAGUUAAAGUUGUGACUUUGUUGGAGGAUCCAUUUGUGAUGGUGGCAGAGAACAUCCUCGGACAGCCCAAAAGAUAUAAAGGCUUCUCAAUUGAUGUCCUGGAUGCCUUGGCCAAGAUCCUAGGAUUCAAGUAUGAUAUCUACCAGGUGGCAGACAGCAAAUAUGGUUCUCAGCUCCCCAAUGGGUCUUGGAAUGGCAUGAUUGGGGAACUCAUAAACAAGAGAGCUGAUUUGGCAGUGUCUGCCAUAACUAUAACACCAGAGCGAGAGAACGUAGUGGACUUCAGCAAGCGCUACAUGGACUACUCUGUAGGGAUCCUACAUCGCAAACCCGAGGAAAAGAUCAACAUUUUUUCUUUGUUUGCCCCAUUUGACUUGGCUGUGUGGGCCUGUAUCGCAGCUGCUAUUCCUGUGGUGGGCGUUCUUAUCUUCCUGCUAACACGGAUGCAGAUGCUCCGCUCCCAGAAUCCUCCAGGAGCCCAUCACAAUUCAUCCAUGUCUAACUCAUUGCAUAGUGCUAUAUGGAUUGUCUAUGGAGCUUUUGUACAACAAGGUGGAGAUUCAGUGGUGGGGUCUGUGGCAUUGAGGAUAGUCAUGGGCAGUUGGUGGCUGUUCACAUUGAUUGUGUGUUCGUCUUACACUGCUAACCUGGCUGCGUUCCUAACUGUGUCCCGCAUGGACAACACUAUAAGAACGUUUCAGGAUCUUGCAAGACAGAUGGACUAUGCCUACGGCACCGUAAGGGACUCAGCAGUGUAUGAUUACUUCAGAGCCAAAGGUACAAACCCGCUGGAGCAGGACAGCACGUAUACAGAGCUGUGGAGGACAAUCAGCAAAAACAAUGGACAGGACUACUCAGUUUCUAGCCCUUCUGAAGGCAUACGCAAGGCCAAAAAAGGACCUUAUGCAUUUUUGUGGGACAUGGCCGUGGUAGAGUAUGCAGCAUUGACAGAUGACGACUGCACCAUCACUGUAGCUGGCAACAGCAUGAGCAGCAAAGGCUACGGAAUCGCAAUGCAGCAUGGGAGUCCUUACCGAGACCUCAUCUCCCAAAAGAUUCUGGAGUUGCAGGAGAAAGGAGACCUGGAUGUCUUGAAACAGAAGUGGUGGCCUCGGACUGGUCGCUGUGACCUCAACAGCCACAGUAAUGCCCAACCAGAUGGUCGCUCGCUCAAGCUGCAUAGCUUCGCCGGCGUCUUCUGCAUCCUAGCAGCAGGGCUCCUUUUGGCCUGUCUGGUGGCUGCCCUGGAAAUGUGGUGGAACAGCAAUCGCUGUCGGCAAGAGCAGCCCAAAGAGGAUACUAAGGAUUACAGACUGACAAGGGUUUCUGGUCCAUUCACAUAUAAUGAUAUUGCUACUGCUUCAUCGGAGGGGAGCAAGGACAUUUGGACAGACAGAGAAAGAACUGGGAUGAAGCAGAAGCUAUUGACACAGGACAAGGAGGUGAACCUGGAACAGGUGCAUCGGCGUUUGAACAGUCUUAUGGACGAGGACAUGGCACACAAGCAGAUCCCCGCACCAUCUAUCGAGAUCUCUGCCCUGGACAUCAGCAGCAUGCCGCUCAGCCAACAGCGGGAGGCUGUGCGAGACUACCCGGGCACGGGCCUGUCUGUGAGCACCUUCCUCCCGGAGCAAGCUCAUGGGGUGGGCCGGACGCUGGCCCAGGGUCCUGGCAGCACCCUGCCCCUUCCUCACAGCAGCUCCACCAUGCCCUCCAUCCAUUGCAAACACAGGGCUCCCAACGGGGGCCUGUUCCGACAGAGUCCCGCCAAGAUGCCCAUGCCAAUGUCCUACCAGUCAGUACCAGGAGGACCCAUCCCAGAAGCUAUUGAGCAUAGUACAUCCAUCUAAGGUCAUCGUCACCAUGGGCUGCCUCACACUUGCUAUUCAAAGGAAGAAAGCUGAGCAGCAUUUUGAGCUUUGGAAACUGUGGUGGUAUAAAAGGGGGGGGGGGGGUUGUAUGUAGAGAUUUUUAUUAUGAAAAAAAAAAUUAAAACAUGAGAAAUCUUUUUUUUUUUUCUUGUACAUAUUUGUAAAUACUGAAAGAGCAAAGUAAGUAAAAGUGUAUUUUGAAUAUUCUCAAUUUUUGAAGUUGAGUUACAAAAACAAAUGAACAACAAAAAAGGACAUAUAAAAAUAAUUCAAAAUGACUUUGAAUGGCUUUGUGAAUUUUGUUCUCUAUAGGUAAAGACUCAAAUUUAUUGUGAUUGUUUUCUAAGUGCCGAAAUAAAAGAUGUCUCUCCACAUUUUGUUACUAGAUGAUCUUACACGGCCAUAGGAACCCAAAAGCUGAGCGCUGAUAAUUAUGCACCCCUUUUAUAGUCAUAACUCUUAUUCAACCUGUAAACAGUGAGGCCAUUUUAAUUUUGCUUUCUUUUUCAGAUUUUAGUUUUUGAUUACUGAUAUAGAUUUAUCUGCUUGCAUUGAGUUGAUGUUGUUUAUGGGUUUACUGAACAGCAAAGGCUAACCAUCCAAAAUAGUAUAGCAGUAACUUAUGCUGAAAUGUUGUCUCAGACAAGCUAAAUCCUUGCAAUCAUGGCAGCAGCACUGAACUGUAAAAAUAAAAAAAAUAAUAAUAAUAAAAAAAGCUUCUUUUUUUCUUCUUUUUUUUUUUCUUUUCCUUUUGUCUGCAUUUUCAGACUAUUUUGAUACUGUCAGCCCUUGAGCACAACCAGCCCGGAGAGAACAAUUUUAUUGAAAUUUUUAUUUUACACCAGUUCAUGCUGUCAUUUGUGAAAGAGCUGUAUUAACAUUGCUUUUCUGACAUUCUGCCAAAACCUUUUUUUUUUUUUGUCAAACUGUACAACAUUUCGCACAGAGUAUAUAGACAAAAAAAAACUUGUAUAUUAAAUGAUUUUCAUAAUUUUUGACCCUGGACCACAAAACAAGUCAUAAGGGUAUUUUUUUUUUUCUAAAUUUAGAUUUAUACAUCAUCUGAAACCUGAAUAAAUAAGCUUUCCUUUGAUGCAUCGUUACGAUGGGGCAAUAUUUGGCCUAGAUACAACUAUUUGAAAUUCUGGAAUCUGAGGGUGCAAAAAAAUCUAAAUAUUGAGAAAAUCGCCUUUAAAGUUGUCCAAGUGAAGUUCUUAGCAAUGCAUAUUACUAAACAAAAAUUAAGU